AUGAGUAAAAAAGUUUUAGUUUUUGGCGGGACUGGAUAUCAGGGUGGAUCAGUUGUAAGAGAAUUAUUAAAAGAUGAUUCAUUUAAAGUAAUUACAUUAAGUAGAAAUCCAGAAUCAGAAAAAUGUAAAGAAUUAAAGAAAUUAGGAGCAGAUGUAAUUAAAUGUGAUGAAUCACAACCAAAGGAAGAAAUUGAAAAAGUAAUGAAAGGUUGUGAUUGUGUAUAUCUUGUUACAAACUCGCAAGGAUAUUGUGAAAAAGAAAUUGAAUAUGGUAUAAAGGUAGCAGAUGUGGCAUUGAAAUGUGGGGUUAAACAUUUUAUAUUUAGUACUGUACCAGGUCCAAAUAAAUUAUCAAAUGGUAAAUUUAAAUCACCAGAUUUAGAUAACAAAGUUGAAAUUGAACAACAUAUCAGACAAUUAUCAAAAUCAAAUCCAGAAUUUAUUUCAUCAUUUGUUAUUGCACCUUGGUAUUUUCAAAAUUUUAUAAACUAUUAUCAACCUGAAAAAGAAAGUAGUACCAGUGAUAAAUACAUUUUAAAAUGGGCAUGUGAUCCAAAAGUGUCAUUGGAUUAUGGCGAUAUUGAUGAAUUGGGUUUACUGGUAAGAGAAAUCUUUAAAAAUCCAAUUAAAUUCUCUGGUGAAACAGUACCUUUCUCUUCAGAAAUUUUAACACCAAUUCAAAUCGUUGAAAUUAUAUCCAAAGUUACAAAUAAAAAAGUUUCCUAUCAAUUUAUUGAUCCAGUGGAAUAUGGAAAAUCAUACGAUUUAGAAGUUUCAUUGAUGCUUGCUUUUUUUAAUGAAUAUGGUGGUUUUAAUAUUUACGGUGGUGAUCGUUCAAUUGCCCAUAAUAUUAAAAAAUUAACAAGUUUUGAAGAAUAUUUAAAAAAAAUUAAUUAUAAACUUGAUUAA